UCGUUCAGUGUUGGUUUUUGGUCGAAAGUGUCACUCGUUCUUCGUGCGUGAGUGAGUGCAUCCAGCCGCCGCUAGCUCGCUGAUGCACUGCAGUGUCAGCAGAAAACCUCGCAAUCUUUUGUAGCCAUUUCUUGAACAAUUUUACCAAAGAUUUUCGAUUAUUCAACGAUGGAAGACGAUUUUCUCAUUGUGCCCAGCGGAGCGGCAGAUUCUUAUUGCCGGCUGUGCUUGUCGGAAGUCAAUAUCGAAUCGAUGCUGGUGGUUUCCAAUGGAUUGACACAACUGAACCAGAUGCUGGUACAGCUUAUCAAGCGGUAUAUGGGAAUCGAUUUGGCCAGUGCGGCAACGGAUAGCCCGUGUGGUAUUUGCACCACUUGCCGGAUGAUGCUGGAGGAAUUCGAGCGCUUCCGGGAACGAUGUCUCCGGUGCGAUUACGUUCUCACCGGAAAGGCUAGGAAUGGUGGCACGGAAACGCGACAGGAUCUGCCGUUCCAGUGUAGCGAAUGCUCGAACAAGUUCCAGUUUAAAUCGGACUUUGAGAAACAUUGGAAAUCGUUCCACGAUUGUCCUCAUCACUGCGAUCAGUGCGAGGCUCGAUUUUCGAUGCAAAGCCUGCUGAAGUAUCAUCAAUUCAGGUACCAUAGGGAGGGCGUUGUUGAUGACCUGACGCUGAGCUGUUCACACUGUCCGCGGAUAUUCGCCGACCAAAAGCAGCUACAAUUUCACGUACAAAUAUUGCACGGCCCGGUGGAUGUUUCAACGGCGUUGGAUAUCGAACACCUUCCGGCAGUGGAGAUGGAUCCUCCCGCGAAAAAAAGCAAGCCGAAUGAUACGGAAGCGUCGAAGGAAAAAGGUUUAAAAAAGAAGCCGUUUGUGUGUGAUACUUGUGGAGCCCAGUUCCACUUCAUAGGAUCAUUACGACAUCACGUCAGUAAUGUGCAUAACAAAGUAGGGCCGAAACCGCGAAAGAAAGCUACUCCGGUAGCUCCAAAUGAAACAACUCAACCGGCAAUCAUUUCAACACCGACAACCACACAGUUGAUAGUUUCACCUCCUGAAAUGGCAUUGAUUGUCCGGGAACCAACACCGCAAAUAGUAGAUCCUCCUUUCGCGGAACCUACCAGCAGCACCAACAUGACGAUUGUUCCUAUGUAUGAUCAGGAUAUCUCUCAACUUGAACAUGAGAUUAUGCCUGAGCAGGUGCCUUUCACAAAAAUAGAACAACCGGAACCUAUGUCAUAUCAGGAAACUGAACGAUUUGAGUAUCCCGGGAUGUAUCCGUUAGCCAUCGUUCUGGAACGGUUGGAUCCGAACUUGGUUCCACCGAUCCUCAACUACGAGAUUCCCUUGGGGAAGAUUUACUAUGCACAACAGCAGCUGAUGGAUAUGGGCUCAACUGCUGAUCAUCUAGAUGACGAACUCUUGAUGAACUACCCGACGUUCGCCCAGAAAGUUAGCAAAAAAUACAUUUGUAACACUUGUGGCAUGGAAUUUACCAACCACUCCUCGCUUUCGCGCCACAGGCAGAUCGUCCACGAGGGCAUCGUUUUUAGUUGCGUCGAUUGCGGCAAGCAGUUUCAAGGUCGGCAUAACCUCGAACGCCACAUUAUUCAGCACACGAACGAAUUUCCGGCCCCUUGCGACGAAUGUCCGCUGAAAUUCGCACAAAGAAGUACACUGCAGGCGCACAAGGAAAGAUAUCACGUCCCCGGAGCGCCCCCGUUGACCAUCGAUUAUUGUCCGUUUUGUAAUCGAGCGUUUUGCUCGAUAUCCGCCCUCAAAAAUCACGUUCGGUUUCUGCAUCGGGACAAGCACCUGGACAUGCUGUAGAAGCAAAGCUGCACAAUGCGAUUCAUUCCUGGUGGAGUUGGCCAUAUUUGUCGGUACUACGGUAUUUAUAAAGACAAACAAAUGUUGCAUUUCAAAAGGAUUGCGUAGAUUUAAGUGGUCAUAUUUGCAAAUAAAUUCAUAAGAUAAUCUUUAAAGAGUUAUUUUUUCCUAACGCUCUGUCGAAAUGCGCCUUAGGAAAUGUUGUGGUUCCCCACAGCUCUGCAAACAGCUCUCCAUUCUCGCUCCUUCAUGAGCGCAGCGUGGGCGUGAGCGCUGAGCAAGAAACCAAUUCCACGGUGACGAGGAGCGUGUUCACCUCGUAGGCCAGAGUGUAGCAGAAUUUGACCCGACGCCAAUCUGUGUUCUCCAAAGUUCGGCCAACGGACUACGCUCAGUCCUUGGAUCUCAUGCUUCAGCAUGCUUUAUGGGCUAGUUGUGCACCCUGCUGGGCUAGGGUGAAUACGGGUCUGGUACGUUUGGCAUAAGGCCGUUUGGCAUAAUGCCGUUUGGCAUAAGGACGUUUGGCAUAAAGGACGUUUGGCAUAAAGGACAUUUGGCAUAAUGGACGUUUGGCAUAAUGGACGUUUGGCAUAAAUGACGUUUGGCAUAAAAUCUAUUUCAGUAAAUAUUGAACUACACACUAAAGUUAAAGAACAAGGAGUAAUUUAAAGAAGGAUAAUGAACUAUAACGCAUGCAUUCUUAGCAAGGAUGAUGUCCAAGAAAGAAGCAUUGCUAGAAUCAGAGUCGCAUGCUCCAAUAAAGAUCCGAUAAAGAACUGCCUAUGUACAAAGAAGGGGCUCUCCUUCCGGAAAAAUAUCAAAUCAUUUGAAGCAAAAUGCUUUUGCGAUAAUAAGAGGUCAAAUAUUAUGCAUUACUAAUGAGUUUGCCUUCUUUCUAUUGAAGGAUGUUCUUUAAUAUUUUUUUCCGAGAGAAAAUAUAAAUCAAAUUUCCUUUAUGCCAAACGUCCUUUAUGCCAAACGUCCCUUAUGCCAAAUAUCCUUUAUGCCAAACGUCCUUUAUGCCAAAUGUCCUUUAUGCCAAACGGCAUUAUGCCAAACGUCCUUAUGCCAAACGGCAUUAUGCCAAACGUACCA